AUGCCUCUCCCUAUCUCAUUCUCCACUAUUGGAUUUGUUACUUUUUCCUCACUUUCAACACCCUCACUUGGGUUCCUCAACGCACCCUUUCCUGAAUCAUUUGGUCUUGAUGAAAUCUCCAAGCACAAGACCGACUCCCAGUCUCUCCCUCGUUCUGUCUUAUCACCUCUCCCAGGAUACCCGACUUUGAGUUCUUGUUCUCAGCCAGGUUCUGAUCAGCCCCCUUAUGCUACAGCACACACCACUCGAAGCAGAUAUGACCCAGCACGUGGAGCGGCAUCCAGAGCAAACAACGACCGCCUCAAUCCAUACGAUCGUCGAUACCGCUCCAGGGAGGAUCAGCCUCCUGCAAGAGCUCGCAGCAGAAGUCCCGAUACCAAAUCCAUGACCCUAUGGGGAGAAGAUUCCCACCGGCAUCCCCUGCCGAACUCCGGGGAUGACAAUGACCAGCUGCAAUCUGGCAGAUUGAAGAGCUGUGGGCUAGGAAAGGAGCUUGUGGAGUGGAAAAAGGAAGAAGAGCAAAAGGAUCCGGCGUGCGAAUUCUCGGCCCCGUGUCGAAUGGGACCUUCGCCGGACGGAAUGCAUUGGCGCAAAGUCGUUUCUCAUGUCUUCGGUCGAAACAAGGCAUCGACAAAGCUUUUUCCUCAAGAUGUCUGGGUACACUACUGUCGAAAGCACUACCAGCGUGCUCGGUACCGCGCAGAUCAAUGGCCCUUCACCCAGUGCGAUCUCCUUCUCGAGUCCUUGAAUAGGAUGGAGAGAUGGGGCGGAGUUGAGAAUUUCCAGUUGAUCCUCCGCCGCAGAGAGCAGCUUCGGGUUGAGAGCGAGCCAGCCGUCAAUGGAGACGAGCCUCACCGAGGAAGAACACCCCGUAUCUCCGCAAGCAGAAAGGAAGCGCGCACGCCUCGUGCUUUGGUGGCCUCCCAGCGGAGCCGCAAGCACCCAACCGCGAUCAAUGCACCUGUUCCUCUGUGGCUUCGCGGGCUGGUUGGGAAAUCGAAGUCAUUUGAAAAUAUUCGGGAGCUGAUCGAGCAUGUCCGUUCAUACCUCGGUGAACUUCGGAGAGAGGAAAGGGAAGAUCAAAUGGCACUUACCAUGAGCCCCAGUCUAUCUCUGAGUCCUCGCCACGCCGCAGGGAAGGCUCGGAAGCGAAACGGGAAACCAAAUGGGGUGAAGAAUAAUCAAAGAUUACAAACGAGCCGUGUUCGCUUCCCUGAUGUCGAGAUUCUGCCUACUUUCAAGCCUUGGGUUAUGGAGGCUGACCUGCGUCAACGAACACUCUGCAAGCAGGAAGCGAAAUCAGAGAGGCAAACCCCACGGCGUUCUGGAAAUCCACGUCAGGUUGAGAUCGAUGAUUCUCAUGACACUGAGAAUAGUCUGAUCGCUCCUGCUGGCGUUAACCUUUUGAAUUCUCUUGUUUCGAGUUCGCCACUAUCAGAACACACCACCUAUGCUCCAGUUGGAAUGGAGCCCUCGACGUCUACCACUGAGCUGGACCAGCUAUCUUAUGAUCAAACACAGCCCCGUAUUGAGAUACUAGGCAGGAACAGUGGAAACUUAGAGAGCGAGCACUGCCGGGGUCGGAGAGCCUACAUCGAGUCACUGAACAGAGUCUCCGGUCAGGGAUAUGUGAAAAAGACUCACGAGAGGAAGCGCUAG